AUGGAUGCAUCUGCGCCAACCCACCCGUCAUGGGCCGAGAUCGAAGAGGCUACGCGCAGUGAUGCUGGCUCACCCUCGACUACGCUGGUCGACUCGCCCGCGUGGCACUUUGACGACACGAUCGUGACCGACUUUGGGCCUGCGGCGCUGGACGACGAGGUGGAGAUCGUUGAGUGUGCCGACUGCCACAAGCCCGUGCUGCGUGAUGCGCUUAGCUUUCAUCAGCAGAACUGCAAGCUCGCACGCGAUAUCGCGUCCGGCCGCAUCUCACCGUCCAUCCUCGAGGGCGAUCCAAAGAAGCGCCGGAUGAUGGAAGAUGAUGACGAGAGUAUUAUGGGCGAUGAUUCGGGCAUUCCGCUCACCAAGAAGCAGAAGAAAGAGGCGCGGCUUGCGGAGGAAAAGCGCAAGGGCGGACGCAAGAACAAGGGUCCUAUCGAUGUGGACAAGCAGUGCGGAGUGAUCAACGACAAAGGCCUGCCGUGUUCGCGCUCGCUCACGUGCAAGUCGCACUCGAUGGGUGCCAAGCGUGCAGUCGAGGGCCGAUCCGCCCCUUACGAUACGCUGCUGUUCGAGUGGCAGAAGGCGACCAAUCCGAGCUUUGUGGCCAAGCUCGAGGAGAAGGAAAAAGCGAUUGCGGCAGCCAAAGCCGCUGCUGCAGCCGCGCCACCCAAGGAAAAGAAGAAGAAGAACGUCAAGGACGCCAAGACCAAAGGCGGGGCUGCGGGGGCUGGUGCAGCUGGUGCAGGUGUGUCAGGAACCGCCGGGGGUGCAGCGGCAUUUAUCGAGGACGAUGAUAUGGACAUGUUCGACGCCGGCGCCGACGAGGACCAGAUGGAACAGGAGCUUAUGGCCGUGCUCGGAUCGGUGGCCCACUCGGCCUCGCGCGAUAGGACCAUGCCGUUGCCGCUCGCCACACGCUCCUUCGUCGGCUCCUACACGAGCCGCGCAAAACGCAUGCGCAACCUGCGCGAGCUCCUCCGCGAAGGCCUCGCUCCCGGAGGCGGCGCGUACGGCAUCAACGGCUACGCCACCUGGAACAACUUCCGCCCAGCCACCUACCCUCCCAACUCCGCCGCAAAGAAGGGCGUCGCUACGGGCGCCUAG